CUUUCACUGGUUGAGAGGUUCAGAGACAGACUGAGACGCCGGCCUUGGAUUUCUGCACUCAUGGCACAGUUUGCUUUUGAAACGGAUAUUAAUAGUAUCUUAAAGCUGGAUACACCCAUCACAAAUGCCCCUCUAGCAAGAUGGCAGCGGAAAGCAAAGGAGGGUAACUGCUCAUUGAAUACUUCAGCAAAUACAAGUACUAUGUCUCCAAUGAAAACAUCAAACCGAUCCCACAGUUCCAGCAAAACUCCAUCAAAAACACCAGGAAAAUCUGGGCAAAAAAUGCAAGGUACGCCUUCCAGAGCUGGAGGUGAUCGUUUCAUUCCCAAUCGCAGUGCCAUGCAGAUGGAUGUUGCUAGCUUUCUUCUUUCUAAAGAGAAUGAGCCAACAGACACUUCACCCACAAAAAAGGAGCAGCAAAAAGCAUGGGCGAUGAAUCUCAAUGGCUUUGAUAUGGAAGAGGCAAAAAUCUUACGACUUGGUGGUAGACCUCAAAAUGCUCCUGAAGGCUAUCAGAAUAACUUGAAAGUGCUGUACAGCCAAAAAAACACCCCUGGUUCCAGUAAGAAAACUGGCAGAUAUAUACCUUCCAUGCCAGACAGAGUCCUCGAUGCUCCGGAUAUCCGGAACGACUACUACCUGAACCUGAUUGACUGGAGCUCUCAGAAUGCCCUUGCUGUUGCUUUAAAUGACUCUGUUUACCUUUGGAAUUAUGCAACUGGAGACAUAAUACUCUUGCUACAGAUGGAGAACUCGGAAGAAUAUAUAUCAUCUGUGUCAUGGAUCAAAGAAGGCCAUUUCCUUGCUGUGGGGACAAGUAAUUCAGAAGUGCAGCUAUGGGAUGUUCAGCAGCAAAAACGUCUUCGUAAUAUGAUCAGUCAUUCGUCGCGUGUUGGAGCUUUGAGUUGGAAUAACCAUAUUCUUUCCAGUGGUUCUCGAACCGGUCAUAUCCAUCACCAUGAUGUCAGAGUAGCCCAGCAUCAUGUAUCUACCCUAACGGGUCAUACACAGGAAGUUUGUGGCCUUAAAUGGUCUCCAGAUGGCCGCUAUCUUGCCAGUGGAGCAAAUGACAACUUGGUGAAUGUAUGGCCUUGUGUUCAAGGAGAUUCAGGGGAGUUUUCACCAGUGCAAACAUUCACACAACAUCAAGGAGCUGUUAAGGCUGUGGCAUGGUGUCCAUGGCAAUCCAAUGUGCUAGCAACUGGUGGGGGAACAAGCGACCGACACAUUCGAAUCUGGAAUGUUUGCUCUGGAACCUGCUUAAAUUCUGUUGAUACCCAUUCUCAGGUGUGUUCUAUACUAUGGUCUGCCAAUUACAAAGAAUUGAUAUCUGGUCAUGGGUUUGCACAGAACCAGCUUGUACUAUGGAAAUAUCCGACUAUGACCAGAGUGUCAGAACUUAAAGGUCACACUGCUCGAGUCCUUAAUCUAGCGAUGAGCCCAGAUGGCUGCACAGUGGCUUCUGCUGCUGCUGAUGAAACGCUGCGAUUGUGGAAGUGCUUUGAGGUGGAUCCAGUGACUAAGAAAGAAAAGGAAAAGUCGCGUAGCAGCAAGAGCAUCAUUCACCAAAGCAUCCGAUAAACAGACUUUGCUUUUGUUUUUAUACUCGUGCAUAAUGUAUUUUUUUUAUGUAUAUAUAUUCUGAAAUAAAGUCUUAAAAGAUGUAUAAUUUACACUAUUUGAUACAGGAGAAAGAAGAUGAAAUGUGAGCAUAUGUCUAACUGUGAGGCAUGUGGUUUGUGAGAUGUCUAACCCAUUGCCACUUCUGCACAUAUACUGGUGUAGGUAACUGCUUGUACCCAGACCACUGUAGUUAUUAAUCUAUCAUUUGUGUUUAGUCUUCCUGGCUUUUUUUUUUUUUUUAAGAGGCAUAGUAACACUGCAAUGGAAUGACCGUUAACCUGUAUAACUGUAAUUUGUGCCUCUGUAUACUUAACAGAUUAAGCCUAGUGGAGUGUUCAGUGUAGUGUCGAUGUUGUACUUUCUACACCUUUAGUGCAGUAGUGGUAAUAACAGGCAAUAUUCACUUGUUUCCAAAAUGCAUGUGUUGUAUGGGUAUAAUGAGUUUCAUGUCCACCCUCACUAAUGUUUAAGGCUGUGGUUCAACCAUUGUAAUAAAACUGUAAAUUAUA